AUGGACCAGUCGUCUCCAACCUACAUGCUUGCCAACUUAACCCACUUGCAUUCUGAACAGCUUCUGCAAGGCUUGAACCUCCUUCGCCAGCAUCACGAGCUGUGUGACAUUAUCCUUAGAGUUGGCGAUGUCAAGAUCCAUGCCCACAAAGUGGUGCUUGCCAGCAUCAGUCCAUACUUCAAAGCCAUGUUCACUGGGAACCUUUCUGAGAAGGAAAACUCAGAGGUGGAGUUCCAGUGCAUUGAUGAGGCAGCCCUGCAGGCCAUCGUGGAGUACGCCUACACAGGAACUGUGUUUAUCUCGCAAGACACCGUAGAGUCCCUUCUUCCAGCUGCGAAUCUUCUCCAGAUCAAACUGGUAGUGAAGGAGUGUUGUGCGUUUCUUGAAAGCCAGCUUGAUCCUGGCAACUGCAUUGGGAUUUCUCGUUUUGCAGAGACCUAUGGCUGCCACGACCUCUACUUGGCUGCGAACAAGUACAUUUGUCAGAACUUCGAAGAUGUUUGUCAGACGGAAGAAUUUUUUGAGCUUACGCAUUCUGAAUUGGAUGAAAUUGUUUCCAAUGACUGCUUGAACGUUGUGACAGAAGAAACUGUUUUCUAUGCACUAGAGUCCUGGAUCAAAUACGACGUGCAGGAGCGACAGAAGUACUUGGCGCAGCUGCUGCACUGCGUUCGGUUGCCGCUGCUGAGCGUUAAGUUUCUUACGCGGUUAUACGAAGCAAACCAUCUCAUUCGUGAUGACCAUACUUGUAAACAUCUGCUAAACGAGGCCCUAAAAUACCACUUUAUGCCUGAACACAGACUUUCCCACCAGACCAUGUUGAUGACCCGACCUCGCUGUGCUCCUAAAGUCCUUUGUGCUGUAGGAGGAAAAGCUGGACUGUUUGCAUGUUUGGAAAGUGUUGAAAUGUAUUUUCCCCAGAAUGACUCCUGGAUAGGCCUGGCACCUCUUAGCAUUCCCCGCUACGAAUUCGGAAUAUGUGUCCUAGACCAGAAAAUAUAUGUUGUAGGAGGGAUUGCAACCCACGUGUGUCAAGGCAUCAGUUACCGAAAGCACGAGAAUUCGGUGGAGUGCUGGGACCCCGAUACGAACACUUGGACAUCUCUUGAGAGGAUGUUUGAGAGCCGGAGUACUCUGGGAGUGGUAGUUCUGGCAGGAGAGCUCUACGCCUUAGGCGGCUAUGAUGGGCAGUCUUACUUACGAACUGUAGAGAAAUACAUUCCUAAAGUGAAGGAAUGGCAGCUAGUGGCCCCCAUGAACAAAACAAGAAGUUGUUUUGCUGCAGCUGUCUUGGACGGAAUGAUAUAUGCCAUUGGUGGUUAUGGCCCUGCCCACAUGAACAGCAUGGAGCGUUACGAUCCGAGUAAAAACUCGUGGGAGACAGUCGCUUCAAUGGCUGAUAAACGCAUAAACUUUGGUGUCGGUGUCAUGCUGGGCUUCAUUUUUGUAGUAGGUGGACACAACGGGGUGUCUCACCUGUCGAGCAUUGAGAGAUACGAUCCUCAUCAAAACCAGUGGACUGUGUGUCGACCCAUGAAGGAACCCAGGACAGGAGUUGGAGCAGCUGUAAUUGAUAACUACCUUUAUGUAGUUGGAGGUCAUUCAGGCUCAUCCUACCUGAACACCGUACAGAAAUACGAUCCCAUCUCAGAUACCUGGCUGGACUCUGCUGGGAUGAUGUACUGUCGAUGCAAUUUUGGCUUGACUGCACUUUGAUGACAAGCAGGGCUUUACGGACCUGAUGCAAAGACGGAGCUUAAGCUGCUUGAAACUAAAACCUGCUGGUGGAGACCAUAAGCUGCGUUUUCUGAAGUGGGAAAGUUGGAGGAAUGUGAUGGAGCUGGGACUGAAAUGAGGAAGGAUUUGUUUUCUUCCGGUAAUUUGCCUUUCUUACUUUAGUGACGCAGGCAGAAGGAAUGGAAAGCUUAUUACCAGCUGGGUUUAGAUAGCAUCCUGUUAAUGGCAGUGAAUUUUGGAGAGUACUGUACAUGCCUGGGAUAUGAUUAGAAAACUUACUGUGUAUCUAACCCUUUCACUUUCUAGAGCUUUUCUCUCUUCUUCCUGCCUACUACGAAAUAAUGAAGUUUACUGUGCUUGGGGUGAGAGAUGUGUGAAUGUGGUGUACGGCUGGGCGGUUUGCCGGUAGCUGUCUGGUUGCGUCUUCAUAUUAAGAAAAUGCCAGUGCUUCAUAA